CUCAAUGUGUGUGUUUGCGGUCUGUAUUUGACUGAGAGCAGAAGUUCAUCAAUCUCCUUCAAACGUCUCGUGCUCACGAACUGAAAGGAAGGGAACUGGAGCGCUAGCCGUGACAGAGACCAUAUGACUGAGAUCUCACACGGCGAAAUAACAUGAAAUACACAUCGACUUCCAUCGUGUAUACGAAAAUGAACAGCAGAUAAAGCAUCAGUACGAGUUGCAUCCUGAUGCCAGUUCAGCACCUGGAGUAAAAGAUGUCACCUGAAGAUCUCAAGAACUAGCUGGGAAUUUUUCUGACCUUCUUGAGACUCUUUGUAGAACUGCUUUAGGCAAUCUUUUUCCUUUCAUCCAACCAAUUGGCCCUUUAAAACAAUGGCGUCCUACAGCCCCCAACCCACGGAGGAGCAUUCCUCACAGGUGUCGUCGAAUGGAAACCUGAAGGCGAGUGGCUCGCAGGAGUCCAUGAAACUGAAAAAAGAAAUAUCUUUGAUCAAUGGCGUGUGCCUCAUCGUGGGAAACAUGAUUGGGUCUGGCAUCUUCGUCUCACCUAAAGGCGUACUGAUGUACAGUGGCUCCUACGGGUUGUCUUUGGUAGUGUGGACAAUUGGUGGGAUCUUCUCGGUGUUUGGGGCGCUCUGCUAUGCCGAGCUCGGGACCACCAUCACUAAGUCGGGUGCCAGUUAUGCUUACAUCCUGGAGGCCUUUGGAGGCUUUCUGGCUUUCAUCCGUCUGUGGACUUCUCUUCUGAUCAUCGAGCCCACCAGUCAGGCUGUGAUAGCCAUCACCUUCUCCAACUACAUGGUGCAGCCCAUCUUCCCCUCGUGUAUAGCGCCCUACGCGGCCAAUCGUCUGCUCGCCGCAGCCUGCAUAUGCUUGCUGACCUUUGUGAACUGUGCCUAUGUGAAGUAUGGGACACGCGUACAGGACUUCUUCACCUACGCGAAGGUCAUCGCCCUCAUCGCUGUCAUCAUUACUGGCCUAGUCAAGAUAUUCCAGGGUUACACACAGAAUUUUGAAGGGUUGUUCACAGGUUCAUCUCAGGAUCCAGGUGCUGUGGCACUGGCGUUAUAUUCUGCUCUCUUCUCCUAUUCUGGAUGGGACACGCUCAACUUUGUCACAGAGGAGAUCAAAAAUCCUGAGAGAAAUCUCCCACUGUCCAUUGCAAUUUCCAUGCCCAUUGUCACAGUCAUCUACAUUCUUACUAAUUUGGCUUACUAUACAAUCCUGCCCAUUCCUGCCAUUCUGGACAGUGACGCCGUGGCUGUGACAUUUGCAGACCAGGUAUUUGGGUAUUUUAAUUGGACAAUACCAGUCGCUGUUGCCUUCUCUUGCUUUGGAGGACUAAAUGCAUCAAUAGUUGCUGCAUCACGGCUGUUCUUCGUGGGCUCCAGAGAGGGCCAUCUGCCAGACUACCUGUGCAUGAUUCAUGUCACCCGCUUCACCCCCAUCCCUGCCCUACUCUUCAAUGGUGCCAUGGCUCUUGUAUACCUGUGUGUGGAGGAUGUCUUUAGAUUGAUCAACUACUACAGCUUCAGCUACUGGUUCUUUGUGGGUCUGUCUAUCCUGGGACAGCUAUACCUGCGAUGGAAACAACCAGACAGAGUACGACCACUAAAGCUCAGCCUGUUCUUCCCAAUUAUAUUCUGCCUCUGCACAGUUUUUCUUGUGGUGGUGCCUUUAUAUAGCGACACUAUCAACUCAUUAAUCGGCAUUGCCAUCGCUUUAUCGGGAGUGCCUGUGUAUUUCCUGUGCUGCCAUCUACCUGCCACACGCAGGCCUAUGUGGCUUAGGAAGUUUAUUGCAUCUUCAGGUGUAAUCAUUCAGAAGGUGUGCUACUGUGUUCUUACCGAGAUGGACAGAGGGGAUGAAAAGGCAGAGUAGAAGAGGAUGAUGCACUGACAAGGAAACUGGAAUAAAUCUCUGGACUCACAACUGGACAUGCAAUACACAAGCUGCUGAUGUGAUUAAACUCGUUUUACACUGGUAUCAUUUUAGAUUGAUUAGAUU